AUGAAAAUAGACACGUCUGGAUUUAAUGAAUUUACUUUAUCAUACUUUGUUUGUCCAUGGCUUAAUAUAUCUUUGCCUAGUCAACAACCAUUAGAUGAAACGUUUUUCUACAAACUUGAACAACAACGUUUGUUUGCACAAUUGAAAUGUGACCAAAGUCGACGUUUAAAACAGCAGAAAUUAUGGUUUACAGCCGGCAUGGAACAGAAAAAUCAUAUUGAUCAAAGUGAAUUGAAUUCAAAUACAGUGGAUUAUACAACAAAAUCAACUGAACAAUAUCCGAAUGGCCAUCAAUUUCGUUUGCCUGAUUUACCACAAGUAAACGAUCUUGAAGUAACUAAUUUUCCGACAUAUUCAAUAGUACAAUCUUUUCAAGUUAUGAGGGAUAACAAACAAAUGUUACCACUCGAUUUUUAUGAACGAUUAAUAAUAAAACUGCAUUCUCAAUUAAUUGAACGUCUUGAUUACAAAGAUUUAAUAAUUGCUCGCACAGGAUACAACGAUUAUAUUAAAGUAGAACGAUUACAAUUGAAUAAACAAUCGUCAUCACAUGACUAUACAAAACAUUACCAAAUUCAUUCAAUAUGGAAACGUAUAACUAUUACAUUAAAAUCAGUCGAUGAAAAUUGUGCGAUUCAUAUUAAACAAAUUAUCGAUCAAAUUCUAACAGAUAUUUGUAUGUUUUAUAGUGGUAUAAAGUUUCAAAAACAUCAUAUGAUGAAAAACAUUGAAUAA